AUGGCGCUUAAUUGCUCGGCCCAUUCCCCAAUGCAGGUCACGCAGUUCGCGUGCGGCGGCUUCGUGGUCGGGUUCCGGUUCAGCCACGCCGUCGCGGACGGCCCCGGCGCGGCGCAGUUCAUGUCGGCGAUGGGCGAGAUCGCGCGCGGGCGCGCCGCGCCGUCGCUGACGCCGGCGUGGGGCCGCGAGGCGAUCCCGAGCCCGCCGGCCGCGUCCGUGGGCCCGCUCCCGGUCCCGACGGAGCUCCGGCUGCAGUAUCUGGCCAUGGACAUCUCCACCGACUACAUCGACCACUUCAAGGCCCGGUUCCUGGAGGAGACGGGGCACCGGUGCAGCGCGUUCGAGGUGCUGAUCGCCAAGGCGUGGCAGGCCCGCACCCGCGCCGCCGGGUUCGCGAGGGGCUCCCCCGUGCACGUGUGCUUCGCCAUGAACGCGCGGCCGGCGCUCCGCCCCCGCGCGCUGCCCGACGGGUUCUACGGCAACUGCUACUACAUCAUGCGCGUGUCGGCGCCGGCGGAGGCCGUGUCGGACGCGCCGCUGAACGACGUGGUCCGGCUGAUCCGCGAGGGCAAGAAGCGGCUCCCGUCCGAGUUCGCGCGGUGGAGCCGCGGGGAGAUGGGCGACGGCGGGGACCCGUACCGCAUCACGUCCGACUACCGGACGCUGCUGGUGUCGGACUGGUCGCGGCUGGGGUUCGCGGAGGUGGACUACGGUUGGGGCGCCCCCGUGCACGUGGUGCCCCUCACCAACCUGGACUACAUCGCGACGUGCAUCCUGGUCCGCCCCUCCGCGCACAAGCCCGGCGCGCGCCUCAUCACCCAGUGCGUCGCCGCCGACGGCGUCGACGCCUUCCACCGGGACAUGAUGCGCCUCGACUGA